UCCAUGUUUAAGCUCAUAAAUCCUGCAAAGUUAUUGCGCUUAAGUUGCACUUUUGAGUUCGCUGCUGACCAAAACCCUGUAUCGGAUUACUAUCGUCAUGAAGAUCUUUAUCGUAUUGUUGGCUAUCGCUGCCGUCGUUUGCGCCGAGCAGAUGUCCGAAUCAAUGAAGACCAAACGUGGUCUGCAUCUGAACCUCGGAUACCACGCUCAUCCUUACUCUCAUUCUUACGUAGCCCACGCACCGGUGAUUGCCCACUCCGCGCCGUUGAUAGCCGCCCCAGUCUACCAUGCUCCGAUCGCCAAGACCUACGUAUCGCAUACUCCGAUUGUACACCACGCGCCCGUAAUCGCCAGCUACCACCACGCACCUGCCAUUGCCGUGGCCCAUGCCCCUGUCUAUCAUGCUUUCCAUCGCCGCUAAGCGCCCAGGCUACUAAGCGUAGGACCGUCACCAUUGAAGCAUUUUGUUAGAUUAGUGUGAAUUAGUUUUACUGUAUCCGCUGAAAGUGUGUGUAUAUAGGUUUGGAGAUGCCAAUAAAAUAUCUUUGGAAAUACAUUGUACAACUAAACUGUUAUUA